CCUAAAUGCCUAACUGUUCGCUUCCACAGCGGGGCAGCAUAGUACCCACAUUACCCUAACCAUUGGCAUUUGAGAGCAACUUAACUUGAUGGCAGAUGCCACAUACCAACAAUCUGAUGUCGAUAGAAAGCUAUAUAAGUGUGGACACAUGUCCACGCUCUGAUCACGAAGGUGUCCGCGGUAUCGAGGACCGUGACAUGAUACAGAUCUUUAUUUUACGCAGGUUUACGCAAAAACGCAAUAACUAACCACCGCUUUUUCAAUGGGAUCAAAAACUAUGAUUUAUGGCGAGAAUUGUUGAAGUGUGGAUAAAAUGAAAUUUAAUGGCAGUCGAUUGCUGAACAUUUCCUCUUCACUGACUCCGUACGACAUCACUCUUAAUCGUCCACCCUGGGUCGCUACAACUUUGGGAAGCUUUUUGAUCUUCACUAUUGUGGUUGAUAUUUUGGGGAACCUCCUGGUGAUCUUCUCCGUCUGCAGAAACAAGAAACUUAGGAACGCAGGAAACGUCUUCGUAGUGAGCCUGGCGGUAGCUGAUCUGGUGGUAGCCGUAUACCCUUAUCCACUUGUGCUGGUUUCCAUUUUCCAUAAUGAAUGGAAUCUGGGAUUCGUUCAGUGCCAGAUCAGUGGAUUUCUGAUGGGAUUGAGCGUGAUUGGAUCUAUAUUUAACAUCACUGGCAUCGCCAUCAAUCGCUACUGCUACAUCUGCCACAGUCUCAAGUACGACAAGCUAUACAGCGACAAGAACUGCCUAUGCUACGUCCUUCUAAUAUGGAUACUAACUUUAGUCGCGAUAGUGCCAAAUUUUUAUGUAGGCUCCCUGCAGUACGACCCCAGGGUUUACUCUUGUACAUUUGCGCAGUCGGCCAGUUCAGCGUACACCAUCGCCGUCGUCUUCUUUCAUUUCAUUCUUCCGAUUAUGAUUGUAACUUACUGCUACCUGAGGAUCUGGAUCUUAGUGAUUCAGGUGAGGAGGCGCGUCAAACCAGAGUUCAGACCCAAGCUCACUCCACAUGACGUGAGGAACUUCGUAACCAUGUUUGUGGUCUUUGUUCUUUUUGCCGUGUGUUGGGCUCCUCUUAAUUUUAUUGGCCUGGCGGUCGCCGUGGACCCCGGGCGGGUCGCACCGCUAAUCCCGGAGUGGUUUUUUGUAUCUAGUUAUUUUAUGGCCUACUUCAACAGCUGCCUAAAUGCCAUAGUCUAUGGACUGCUGAAUCAGAACUUCAGAAGAGAGUACAAAAAAAUCAUUGUCUCACUCUGCACGGCACGGAUGUUCUUUCCGGAGAGUUCAAAUGAUGCUGCUGAACGGAUCAAAAGCAAGCCAUCCCCUUUAGUGACAAACAACAACCAAGUUAAAGUAGACUCGGUAUGACAACCCAAAUAUGGGCACUGUGAAUACAAACAUGCCAAAUAUCCAUCUCAGCUGCUUCCAGAUCAAAGUAUUUAUAACAGAAGUUUGCAAUGUAUACGCAGGUGUACCUGUUGCUUUUUUAAAGGUGCAUUACAGUUAUCUUGCUUGUCACUGUGUUUACAAGUUCAUAAUGUUAGGCAAAUGUUUUUAUUUUAUUCAUACUGUUUUUAUAAUUAAUGUUACAAACCAAUGUACAAACAGUUAGUACAAGGUGCCAAGUAUACAUGUAAGUGCUCAACCAUUUUUAUGAUGACUGCAACAAGUACCAAAUAAUACAUUACAAAUCUUUAUUGUACUUUAGUUUUUUUGAAAUAAUAUUCAUUUGGCUUUGUCAGAUUACCAGUGCAGGACAAAACUGUACUAAAUCUUUCAAUGCAAAUCUAUUGCACUUCUCAUGACAGAUUUAGGCUUGAAAUAAAAUGUCAGUGUAAAAAAUGUCACCAUACACUCUCAGAAAAAAGGUACAAGAAGGUAUCAAAGUUGUCACUGGGGCGGUACCUUUUCCAAAAGUACACUUUUGUACCUAAAAGGUACACAUUGGCAGGGCCGGCGUCAAGGGGGGGGCAUUCGCGGGCCGUGCCCCCCCAUACAGGUUGUUGUGCCCCCUACACAGUUUUUUAUUAAUUUAAUUUAUAUCAAGAAUAAUUCAAAUAAAUUAAACAUUGAAUGUUUCAUGACUUUUAAUGUAAUCAAAUGAGGAAAAUAUAGUUUAUAUGGUUUUUAAUUAAUAUAGACCAGUUUCUCUGAUUGGUUGUAUUGCGGCCUCUCAUGCGUCUUUACGUCUUUAGCAUAUUAAUGUGACUUGAUACUAGCAACGUGUUUUUUCGCUGCAUUUUAUGGAUCGUGUAAAAUAUGGAUAUUAGAACAUGACGUGUGUGCAGCAGGCACUUAUUUUGACAAAACACAUGAUGCACAUGGUUCACAUGACGCAACAAACACAUAUUUUGGAAACACGAGCAACACACAUGACACUCCGAACACAUAUUUUGAAUUUGCGCCCCUCGGAUGAGCAGUCACGAGCCGCCACUGCUCAAAAGUACAUAUCAACACGGUACAUAUAAGGACCUUUCCUAGACAACUUUUGUACUUAACACAAAUAAAAUGGCUUUUUAUAUAUGAUUUAUUUAAUUCAUUAUUAUACUACACUGGUUUAUUACCAUAUUCGAGUGCAAUUAAAAUGAUAAAGCAUUGAAGCAAUAUAACUGAGUUGAAUCUAAAGGUUUGUGAGUGAACAGAAAACCCGUACAGCAUAUUUAUGAUAUAUGCAUUAUUGUUUACAUGAUAAACACAGAUGAAAUGGAACGUAUUCGCUUGUCUAUCGUUUAUCGUUGAACAUGUGAAUAAACUGUGCUGAAUUAACCGAUAUGAAAAUGAAGAGGUUUGCAUGUUUAAAAGCUGUAGAAUGGGAGUAGUGGACAUUCUUCUUUUCAAACA